UUGAAGUAGAAUGUGAGUAUGUUGAGGCCUUUGGCAAAACACUGGGGUGGCACGGGGUUGGGAAGCAGAGCCUUGGUCUGGGUGCCAAUUUGGGAUAGGGAAAGGAUUCGGUGCCUCUUCUCUCCCUUGCAUUCAGUCACACACACACACUCUCUCUCUUUCCCAUUGGCUUUUCCGGUUUACAAAACGGCUGCAAGGCUAUGUUUAUAUGUUUCAACGUUGAAUGUGCGGUUUGGUCCAGAGAUCUCUGGGAAUGGGGCUGAAGAAGGGCCACUUCAGCAACUCGCGCUAAGCAAACGUUACAAGGUGAAUUCCUCCUCCGCAGUCCGAAAUAGGAACAAUGCUAUAGCAGCCACAGGACUUUUCCUGGGUAAAUUGGAACAACCGGAGUAAACGGUGGUGGAGGUGGAGUCCCUGUUCCCCCAGCUUUUCCACUCCUGGCCAGCCAGCCCCCACCCCCAGCUGCUUAUGUUAUGACCUUGAGAUUGCUCAGAAACUUGCUCGACCAUGGAAAAAAGCCUCCCGAAGGGCACCGAGCCAAAGACAAAAAGCCAAACAAAUUUGUUUGCAUCACUCACCAGGCUCGCUCCCACUCCAGGGACAGGGGCUGGGCAUCUUGGGGCCUUGUCAAUCCGAGCUGUUUCCUGCGUAGCUCAGUUAACACUGUUGUCGCCUUGUAUAAUUGACCACCUAAGGCAAAAAGGUGGGAGAGGAUUGCACUUAAGGAGGGGGUGUCCAUCCCCAAGUGGCACGGAACUCGUUGGAAGGGACGGGAGCAAACUGAAGGAUGUCAGUAUUUAGUGUUGACAUUGUUGUUCUGUUUUUGUGUGGAACUCCCAACUCCCAGUGAUUCACCCCCCCUGAAGCCUCCUAAUGUCGAAGAUGACGGGUUCUCGGUGCAACGUAGAAAGCGGAAAUACAAGUGGUGUGUCCACUGAUGUGUGCCUGAUGCCACAGGGCAGAUCAUAGCUGCCCUAGGUCCAUUAGGCUGCACUUGUAGCAUAUGAGUGAUAGGUUGGUUGGUUGGUUGUAUUGCUUUGGGAUGGUGCAGCAUAGAAGGGAGUGAAAAUAUCCAAGUUAGGCCUUAACUGGAAUGAGCACUAGCUGUAGAUAGAAAGAUCACCAACCAAAACUACUCUUUUGCGGUGAGCUAGAGAAAUGUGAGACAUACAGUACCAGGUUCUUGAUGUCCAUUGAUCUUAGGUGUGCUAUCUGUUGGGAGUGCCUUACCUUCACACACACAGCUGUGAUAUACUGAGCCAGACCUUUGGUCCAUCUAGCCCAGACACCCCCAAACUUUGGCCCUCCAGAUGUUUUGGACUACAAUUCCCAUCAUCCCUGACCACUAGUCCUCUUAGCUAGGGAUCGUGGGAGUUGUAGGCCAAAACAUCUGGAGGGCCGCAGUUUGGGGAUGCCUGAUCUAGCCUAAUACUGUGUACUUGAGUGACACAAGCUCUUCAAGCUCACAGACAGAAGUCUUCCCAGUCCUGUUGCCUGAAAAGUAGCUGGGGCAACCCAGCCAGACGGGUGGAGUGCAAAUAAUAACAUUAUUGUUGUUAUUAUUUUAACUGAAGAUGCUCAGAAUUCGACCUGGGACCUUCUGCACAUAAAGUAUGCGCUCUCUGGCUCUUCUCUCACACAUCUGCUCGGGCCUUUAGACAAUGUGUAGCCCAUGUGGUUCCCAUCUAGACGUUGUUGGACUAUGACCCCCAUCAGCUCUGAUCGUUGGCAACACUGGCUAUGGCUGAUGGGAGUUGUAGUCCAGCAGUGCCUUGAGGGCAUCACUCUGGCCAUAUCUGCAUUAGACAGAGCUCUGCUUUGAGUACGGCAGCUUUCAGGGCCCUUUAGACUCUGAUGCUCUCUACCUGGGAGUUAUUUCCAGGGAUGGCUUGGCAAGAUGGAUCGCUUGUGAUCUCCAGUGUCAGGGGGUUGUUGCGGCUACUCCCGAGUAAAGACGCUCCAGUCCGUUCUGUCUUUUAAGGGGUUUUAUUUUGCAUACUAUUUACAGUGCAGAGAUAGCAGAAAACAUGACCUCCUAGUCACUAGCAGAAUCCGGCAAUGGCGCCCGUCUGCUUCGGGGCCAGCAUAAUAGCUUGGGCACCCCAAAACGCCACCCUCUCACCCUACGUUUGGGCGCUCACCUCAAUUCGGGCGCCGGAAGCGGCUGCGCUCCCUCCUCCAGCUGUGGGCUAGUGUGGUGCAGGGGCUCUGAUACAUCGCUGAUCCUUCCUUCCUCCACUAGUUGGCUUGGGCAGUGCAAGGGCUCUGAUGCCUCACUGAGCCCUCCCUCCAUUCCACUCUCCUCCUCAUUCCCCCCGCCUGACCCGCUGCUACCGCUCUCGCUUGGUGAAGUGCUGGUCAGGAUGACGGGGGGAGGCUCCCUGUAGGGAGUCCCCCUGACAUCCAGGAAAGGGACAGAUUCCUUUUUCGUGGUAGGUGAUGGGGGGGCACCUGGCCGACAUUGCUGUCCUCAGAUUUUGGCCUGUUUCCAGCACCCGUCUGUCUCUGGAGACGAUGGAGGAGUGUGACAUGUUUUGUUGCAGCCGGGGCAGAUGAAGGUGUCCCAUUUGUGCUGCUGCAGACGCACCAUGGCGUUUCUUCUCUCUGCGCUCCUCCCAGUCGUCAUUUCUCCUCUGGUCACUGCUAGGGAUACACAACUUGACUGCCUGUAUUCAGGCACUGCAGUCAUUUGCCAUGGAUUCCCACAUGGCAGGCCCGAUGAUGCCAGUCUUCACGUCAUGUUUGCAGGCAUCUUUGUGGCACAGAGUUGGUCUGCCACCAGGCCUGGUGCCUGAAGCCAGCUCUCCGUAGAGCAUGUCCUUGGGGAUCCUGCCAUCUUCCAUUCUGUGGCCUGAAUCGCUGGUUUCUCCCCAGCCCUAUUUUCAAUGCUGUUGAAGUUUUCAUGUUUUGUUUCAUGGAUUUGAUUGUAAACUACUUGGAAUGCUUAUUUGCACUAGAAUGGCUUUGCAAGAAAUGACAUGAUAAAAAGGGGGAGCAGCUAUGCACCAUGGGCCCCUUGCUCUGAGUUACUGCAGCGUGGAAGAGAGAUUCCCGUGUAGGUGAGGUCCCUGUGGUUUGAGCUGACACAGUAAAGCCACAAGAUUCCAGACUAGCUGGCAACUGUGUCAAGCUGGCAUAACACGAAGGGAAUGAACACACCAGGUAGGCCUGUGUAAUGGGCUCUGUGACCUGGGAUGCCCUUUCUCACUCUAUAAUAUUGAAAUUUAUUCUGAACUUCUGCAGCAGGGGAGAAAAGAGGCCUGAGGUCUUGGGCCGGGCAGUUGAGCUCACAUCAGAUGACCCGGGAAAGAGAGUCCAGACUAGUAGUGGCGGUCUCUGUUUUGUGUAAUGGGAGAAGGACGUUUGAGCUAGCCAUUUGCACCCUGCUUGUGUGAGAAGGUGCAGAAAGGUGGUGGGAAGGGUAACCAUUUUAAUCUGAUUAAAAUUACAAGAGCAGUGCCAGUGCCAGUUGGCAGUUUUGUCAAAUGCUGUUUACUUCUUUCAUUCUUUUUUUAAAAUUGCUAUGUUUUCAGUUGUAGCAGGCCAGCCUCAUACGGCAAUUUCCUCCUCUGCUUGCCAGCAGCUAUCCCCACCUCCAUCCAUGCCUCUUCCCUCCCUACCUCUACCUCUCCAGCUUUUGCAGAUCCUGCCUCCUGGCACCCAAAAGGAGCCGUCCUCCCUUACUUACAGUGUCCCAGAUACCAAGCAGAUGAGGUGUUUACAAGGGAGGGGCUAUUUGAGCAUCCUGCAUGGGAGAUCUUGAUGCAGAACUGGUUUGACCGGAAGCAAGGAGGCGUAUGGGCCCCGGGGUGUGUUGACCAUGUGUUUGCUGGUGAGCUGGGGGUGGGAGGGAAUUUAUGUGUUACGCAUUCAUUUCACCUGCUGUUUGGGUUUCAUCACCUUCUAUGUUUUCAGAUCCAGGACCUGCCUUUAAUCUCAAAACCGCCUCUCUUAUCUUUCUCCCUCUCCCUCAAUGUUUCUUCUCUUUCUCUCGCAUUCUGCCGUGGGCUCUCCCUUCUCUGUGAGAGAAUGCAUCCAUCUGACCAGAGACAGGGAAAUUGCUGGGGAGAAAAUUGGCAAAAUGUAAACGUCUUGAGUUGCAAGAUAGGAUGCGGCAACCUAUUUAUGGAUAGCUAUUAGUUUAAGAAGCUGCUAUUCGACAUAACGUUAAGAACAUUACGUUUCCUUCUUAUUUUUAAAGAAAGCAGUGGUCUAGCGGCCAGACUCCAGCCCCUGUGGCUGGCCCACUGAGCACAUUAUAUAUGUUGGCAGUAGCCUAGUGAACUUUCAGAAGCUGUGCGGGACUUGUGGAAGCAAUGAGCUGUGGUUUCAGUGCGCUGUACAGCUGCUAAAUCAGACCAAAUUCUGCAGAAAACAUAGUUUUCAUGACUUCUUGAGGCUUUGAAUGACCUUGACCCAGAAUUUGGAACAACUAGGCAGGCCUGAUUUGACUCAGAUCCUGCCUCAGACCCACACCUCAGACAUGUUGUUGUGCACCAAAGCCUUUUGGCUGUCAGGGGUCAGAAGUUCACUGGGAAGGAAAACAGCAAAGUGAAAAAUCCUGCGUUGUGAGUCUGACACCCCCAAGUCCUUUAAUCUUUUCGGAUGUCACGGUCUUUCUUUUGAAUAAUGAUUCGCCUUCAUCAUUCUCCAUGGCUUGGGCGAUGCUGUUCCUGGCCGCUCUUAAUAGCACGUUCUGUUUUAUAUAAAGCUCUUCCGGCAGGCAAUGCAUUCAUUAUUUCACUCUGUCCCAUUCAUAGGUAGGACAGUGGAAUCUUCACUGCCAGUUUGCAGAUGGAAAACUAGGUCACCAGGUAGGAGCAUUCAGAGGCCUCCAGCCAGGCUGGCGAUUUGAACUAAUGGUCCCUGGCUUUCAGGGCACUUCAUUGAGACCACACUAGCUGAGGACAGCUGGUAAGCCUUGGGUUCCCGAGUGCCAGCUGAGCCCUAAAUGGGGAAGCAUUUGUCUGUCAUGAGUUCAGAUCAUCAGUGCUCAAACCUGCCAUUUCCCCACUCAUUUCCAUAAACUCAGUACUGUACCAGCACUGAAGAAGUGUGCAUGCACACGAAAGCUCAUACCAAAAUAAAAACUUAGUUGGUCUUUAAGGUGCUACUGAGGGAAUUUUUUUAUUGUACCAGCACAGUCAGAGAAGUGACCCAAUGAUGAGUUUAUAUGCAGAUUCGGUGUCCGUUCAGCAUGUAAUUUAACAACUCACUUCCAUUAAAGGAAUUUUGGGCCAGCAGUCGCACACCCAUCCAUGCCCAUCUCUUAUCCGUUGCUGUAAGAGAAUCAGCUGCGUGUGUGAAUCAGCUCUUAAAGGUUAUUCAUGAACAGGAGUCUUCAUAUCUGCCAUCAAAUAUUUUUUUCAAAGGAGACCUUGCACACAACUAACUGAGAAUCAUCAUGUGAUGGGUUUGCAUGUGUGAAUUCUGCCCUCUUGCUUUCCUUCUAUGCUUUUUAAAGCAGCAGCUUUAAAAGCCCUUUGAACAGCUGUUAAUAGGCAUCAGCACCCCGUGAAUUAAUCUCUCAGCAGUAUCUGGGCAUUUCCAAAUGAACUUUACCUGUUCCCUUCUCAAUCAUUUUCUCCAUCAGACUUAGCAACCUCGCAUUGCUAAUGGCUGCUGGGGCACAUUUGGGAGUGAGACCUAGCUGUACCCAUGGUUUUCUCCAAGUAGGGUGAAUAGCAGCUUUGGGAAGGAAAUACAACUUUCAAGAAAUGACCUGGGGAGGAAGAGUGGACACCCCCUUUUUCAGCACUGUUGCACUGAGCCAAUUUGUUCCUUCUCCUCCCCCCCAAGCUUCUUUUAAAUCUUUUUUUUUUAAUGUCUGGGAUUUUGAGCACAGAUCUGCCACAUCAUGUGCAGCUUGGCACUUAAAAAAAAAGAGCAGAGAAAUUCAUGGAGGUUCAUUAAUCAACCGGAAUAGACUGUGAUUUGCUUGAUGUGACUGGUGGGAUAGGAAAGGCUGUUGGCUCCCUCCCUGUUUACAUGACCGUUUACUGUUGGAAACGGGACCCAGGGGGCUAUCCAGACCCUUCUUUUGUUUCUUCCGCUUGUUGAGUGAAUGAUUGAUCAUUUCAGUGGUUUUCCUAGGUGGGGGUAGGUGCUUUCUAGUCCAGGCAAGUGAACUAGAGAAGUCUUCUCCUGUUGUGGAUGGUCAGAGGCAUGUGGUUCUUGAACACGCAGGUGCUUUGCCUCAGAGACAUGGCACCUUUUCUACACACACACACACACACACACACACCCUGUAGCCUACACAAACCUCCAAGGGGCGAAAGGACCCAAGGAGUCUGGGGAGGCAAGAAGUGAAGGUGUAUAAGAGGACUCAAACGUGCUUGAGCCAGUAGAAAGGGGUGGGGUGGUAGAUCUGAGUCACCAGCCCACAUUCUGACUCACCGCUUUGUUUUGAUGGAGGGAAGCGUGCAGGAGGCAAAAGGGCCGGUUGGUGCCAGGCAAUCGCCGGUAAACGAAACAUGCAUUUGGUUUUUAGACGCAUGUUUCUUUCUUCAACGUUCGCUGGUGUUGACAGAAGCAGAACUCCUCUUUAUAAAAGGCGCAGGUGUGCGAUUUUUUUGAUAAGCCGGAUCAAACCGGGCGUUGUGAGUUGGUGAUUCAUCCCUGACUGGUCUAGUCCCGCUACAAUGGAACACAAGGCGAUCUUGGCGCCUAUAUGAAAAAAUAAUAAUGGUGGAGGUGAGGAUGAUGAUGAUGAUGAUAAUAAUAACAGCCGCCACCACCUCCCGGAAGAAAACAAGUGCCAAAAAUGAGAUGGUGUGGUGCUUACCUACAGACAUCCUGACUGGAAGCAAGCUUGCCUGUAAAGCUGAAACAAAUAUCCCCUGAAUAGCUAUUUAUUGCUUCAGCGCUCUGACUUAUGCACAGGCACAUUUCCAGGUGCAAGAGUAUAAUUUUGCAAAGCAAGGUUUAGGCCCAGCGUGCUUUAGAAGCCUCCCCACUCCCUUGUGUCCCAUUGCUACCUCUCAGAUCUGCCAAAGGUGCCCUCUUAAGGAUGCCUUAUAUGUGCCAGCAGGGCAUGAAGAGAACCAGUGGCUUCCCCACCGCCACCACUCGGUCUCCCUCUGCAGAUUAAUCAAAGUCCAAACUCGCUAACCUUUUCGAAAGCCUUGUAAAGCCAGCCUUACUUAGUUUGGCUUUUGAGGCUCAGGAUUGAGUAAAUCAGGAAAGAACCUGGUGCGGGGGGUGGGGAGAGUUAUGGACUUGAUUGUAAACCUAAUACUGUUUUUCAGGUUCUUAAAAAAAAAAAUUCCCAACCUGUCAGAAUGUGGCAUGCUAUAACGAUGACUAUAUAGUGUAUUUACAUUUUGGCAGGCGCUGAGAGGUCUUGAACCUCUCUCUCUCUCCUUCCCCAGCUGCAGACCUCAGUCUGGUGAGAAUUACAUUGCCCAGAAUCUUCUUAGUUCACAAACCCUGUGAAUCAUAAAUCUUUUUGCACCUCCUACAGAGACAUUUGGGCAUUGUUAACACAUCUCCAGCUUUCUCAUUAACUUCCUACAAUGUGCUCUGGUGUUAACUAAACCACAGCGAAGUAUAAAAACCACAAUUAAUUGGCAUAUAAAUUUUUAUGAAAUAAAUAAAAUAAAUAUUGCGUGGUGAUCCACCUAAAGUUUCUGCAUAAUGUAAUGGGAGGCUGUAAUGUCCUGCUUUUUAAACAUUUUUAAAUUAGUUUUCAGAUAUAGCAGCAUACAGAGUCAGAAAGAUGAUAAUAUAAACCCCACAAACAAGAUGCAGUGUCAAUGUCCUAUUUCUGAGAGGCUCGAUGCUUGACUGUCCUGUCUUCAGGAUCAUGUUUCUUCAGUGUGAUCCCAUUAUGCCUUCCCAGCAAGUUGUGUUUAUAAAGUGCUGCAGCCACAUAUUAAUAUUUUCUACACCCUACAACAGGGUCUCCAAAUAGGCCCUGCUGCGGGACCUGUGACUAUCUUCUUCCACUUCAGUUUGCAGACUGAAGUUGGGGGGGGGGUGGACCUCCCAUGAUUAAAUGCUCCUCCAUGCCAUCUUGCAUGUAAGAAAGCAGCACAUUGGGAAGAACGCCUGGCUAGAGCCCCUUUCCUCCAACAUGCACAUUUUCUCAGUGAAGUGAGUUUUGUUGCGCGGUGGAGCAUUCAGUCGUGCGAGCUACAGUCUGAAGUGGUACAGUCCAGUCAGGCUUGUCACCUCGGGGCGAACUAGGAGGUGAGGCAGAGGAGCUACACAGUCUUGUCGGAAUGACUGUUUGUGAGGAGGAGGGUAUUUUUGCUGAGCGCCAUCCUGACGCUUGGGUAUUGGCAUCAACUGUAUGGCGGCACUUCUGAGUAUGGGGAUUCUUGGCUUGACAUCACCUCAGCGGAGGGCAGAUGUGUGUUUCAAGGAACCUCUCUUGGCUUCGUUUGGGAAUGGGCCAGAAAUCUCUCUGGGAACUGGGAUCUCACCAUGGAUAGGGUUGCCAUAUUCCAAAUUUCCCUGGACAUUUCAGCUAUUUCCACCCGGACACAGUUUCUUCCAUAUUCCAGCUAUGUCCAGGAAAUUCCAGGUGCAUGGCAACCCUAACCAUGGAGGCAGGGGUGGGGAACCUUUUUUGGCUCACCAGGCCAGAGCCUUAUCAGGAUCAGCCUCAUGGGCCAAAUUUGACAGCUGGGCAGGGCUUUCCACCUGUCAGUCCUAUGACAUCAUUAUGAUGUCCCACCCAUCUGUCAGAAUCUCUUGCGGCAGUAUGGGGGUGCCACUGAGUCAAACACGAGAAUGAAGCCUGCCCUACCUGGCACACACUUGACAUCGUGUGGGGGGAAGCGUUGCUUCCCACAAAAUGGCCUGGCUUGCCAAAUGGGGAGGCCUGGUGGGCCAAGUUUUGCCUGAGGGUUGGAGACGCCAUCUUUGUUAUGGGCAGAGGAGACUACAGAGUCUCCAUCUUUCGCCAGGUUGCUUGUUUGCCUUUUAGGAGAGAGGCUUGUAAUAGACACUUUCCUGUUCACAUACUGUAGGAAUUCUGCCAAUUUUUAUCCCAAUUGCCAUUGUUGUUGUUUGAAAACCCUUUUGGGGCUGUUGAAGUAACACAUAUGGCUGUUUAAAAUAUAUACCUUAUCUAGUAGUUUUCAUAGACUUAAUUGUGAUCCUCUUGGAAUCUCAGAAUUCUGCAAGCAUACUUUGCAAACACUGGAUUUGGGAGCAGGCGGGAAAUUUAGUGCCUUCUUUUGGUUAAUUGUGUUUCUCGUCCUUCCUGUUGCAAUGAUAAGCCCAAAAUUGUAGGGGAAGCACGUGAUGAAAUCUAAAACCCAGAGGGUAUUUCUUAUCACCAGGGAGCAAAGUUUCAAUUCCCUGCAUACCCUUUUUUACACACACACACACACACACACACACACACACACACACACGAAGAAUAUCAAAAGUAAUUUUAAAUUAAUCAAGUUUUGCUGUGUUGCUGACUGUUCGUAUUUUUUACAGGUCAUAUAAUUUUAGCUGUUCCUUGUGAGACGCUAGCACUUCUUCCCACGCCACCUAAACUGCGUUGUGACCUUUGGCUUCAUUGAUGCUCUGACCUGGGAAGGAACCCUGAGUCACUUUGCCCAGUUCUGAUAAGGAAGCCACAGAUAAUGACAUGGACCUGGGAACUCUCCAAAACAACAUCAACAGGACUUUGGACAACGUUUACGAGGAUGGCCUGGAAUCAGACCACAGUAGGCCCCUUUCAAACAGCAACCCUCUCUGCAAUGGUGAACAGGCCAGUCUUCUGUCCGGUGGCGAAGUUGUCAAGCGCUCUCAGCCUCUGCUCAUCCAAGCCAAUAGAAAGCUGAAAGAGGAGGAGGAGCAGCAGCGUGCCUUAUCUUUGCCCUCCAUCCCAAACCCUUUCCCAGAACUCUGCAGCCCCUCCAACUCACCCAUCCUCAGCAACUCCUCCUUGGGACCAGGCUCACCACGAGAAGGAGGUUCUCAUGUAGUGAAGGUCUACAGUGAAGAUGGGACUUGCCGCUCUUUGGAGGUCACAGCAGGGACCACGGCUCGUCACGUCUGUGAGAUGCUCGUCCAGAAGACUCACGCUUUGCAUGAUGAGUGCUGGUCCCUAGUGGAGGUCUAUCAGCACUUGGCUCUAGAGCGAUGCCUGGAAGAUCAUGAGUCUGUGGUGGAGGUUCAGGCCACGUGGCCUGUUGGGGGUGACAGCAGGUUUGUCUUCCGGAAGAACUACGCCAAGUAUGAGCUGUUCAAGAGCUCGCCACAGUCACUGUUCCCCGAAGCCAUGGUUUCUAGCUGCCUGGAUGCAGCCAACAAAGGCAUGUCCCAUUCAGAACUUAUACAGAAUGUGCUAAAUUCAGGAAGCUGCCCCGAAAUCCAAGGGUUCAUGCACCUGAAAGAAGUUGGACGCAAAGUAUGGAAAAGGUUUUACUUCUCCCUACGGCGCUCUGGCCUCUAUUACUCAACCAAAGGCACAUCAAAGGACCCCCGACAUCUACAGUAUUGUGUCGACAUAAACGAAUCCAAUAUCUACUACAUCACCCAAGGCAAAAAGCAAUACAGCACCCCCACAGAAUAUGGCUUUUGCAUCAAGCCAUGCAAGGCACGAAGUGGGGCCAAAGGCCUGAAGCUCUUCUGCAGCGAAGACGAGCAAAGUCGCACAUGCUGGAUGGCUGCCUUCCGCCUCUUUAAGUAUGGUAUACAGCUCUACCGAAACUACCAGCAGUGUCAGGCACGGCAAAGAGCAUGGAUCGGGCCUGUACCCCUGCGGAGCGUGUCGGAUAACACCUUGGUGGCCAUGGACUUCUCGGGUUGUACGGGCCGAGUGAUUGAGAAUCCCAAGGAGGUCCAGACGGUCGCUCUGGAGGAGGCUCAGGCGUGGAGGAAGAGGACAACGCACCGAUACAGCCUGCCCACCCCGUUCCAAAGCUCCUCGUUCAGUGCUGCCAUCCACAGAACCCAGCCAUGGUUCCACGGACACAUUUCUAGAGAAGACACCCAGCGCCUUAUCGUUCAACAGGGACUGGUGGAUGGGGUCUUCCUACUGCGGGAGAGUCAGCGGAACCCCAAAGGUUUUGUCUUGUCCCUCUGCCACCUGCAGAAGGUGAAGCACUAUCUUAUCCUUCCGAGCGAGGAAGACGGACACCUGUACUACACCAUGGACGAUGGCCAGACUCGCUUUGCCGACUUGAUCCAGCUGGUGGAAUUCCACCAGAUCAACCGCGGCAUCCUGCCUUGCAAGCUGAAGCACUACUGCACAAGCGUCGCCUUAUGAUAGGCUGUCUUCCUAAGUGGCCUUUCCCUGUGCCCCACAGAUUGGCCACGGCCAGUGAUGGGGACGGGGGGGUUCUGGGGAGCAGGUCUUUUUUUAACUCUGUACACCGGGAUCGACUCCGAACUUUGAAUUGCUCCUUAAUAAACUUCAGCCACUGCAAGCGACCUGAUUCGAACCUUCCCAUUCCACCACCACACCGUCAUCUCCGGAUUUUGAGCAGACUCGAGGAUGGAUUCGAGGUCGCGGCAAUUGCACUUCACUUCUUAAGAGGACACGACUCUGUCGGUGGGCGGCUUCCACCAUGAAAGGGAACCGGUGUCCGUUUGACCGCCGAGUGUCCCGCUCCACUUCGAGGCUUUGUGCAUCUCUGAUCCAGGGCUUGUUUUGGCACCGCAUGCAAGAGAUUUUGCUGCUACUUCAGUCCUCCUGCCUCCUAAUAUGUUCUCGUUUUCUGGGAGUUGCCUUGCGGGUUUGUUGUGGGUUUUGCAUCGCUUCGAAAACCUGUUUGACCAGAGGCAACAGUGGGGGACAAAAGAAAUAUUGGACGCACACGCCAUGGGAAGCGAUGCCUCUUGCACACUCACUUCCAGCUCUCUUUUAGCAGCAGCGGCAGAGGUUUGCCUGCUUCCAGCACUAGAUUUUCUGGGAGCUCUCUCACCUUUGUUAGGAUAUUUUUCUACCCGGGAUCUCUUCUUUUUCUCUGGUGCUUGGCAUCGCAGCUUAUUUAAAGGGGCAGUCUCCUCUUGUGAUGCUGUGCCCAUGGGCAGAAGGCUGGUAGAGAGUCAGGAGGGAAUCCGGCAACAGUAACUGAAGAUGAAAAGAAAAAAGACCCUGAGAUUAGAGUUUUAUGUUCUACCAACUGAACUGCCCCCCCCCCCGCUCCAGCUGUUGUCCAGGCAAAGACCAAGCCUGCACUGGAACUUUUUAUAGCUCUACCAGAUUAGAAGAGGCACAUAGGGUGGGUGGUUGAUUGGCAUCACCCUGGGGGCUAUCCUUUCCCAGGGAUCUCUUCAGUCUGCAUUCCCAAGUGUCUUUUCGCACAGAAAAGCAGAGGAACACAGAUUUGAAGUUGCUUGGUUCUAGUCCUAGCCGCUCCCCCCACUUGAACACACAGGGAUAUUCCUUUCAGCACUCUCUCCAGACACCCCAUUCUGAAAACAUUUAAACCCAAAGAUCUCGUCACACACACACACACACACGCCAGCAUUCUUAUUGGAUAUUUGGUGCAAUAUGGCCAAUACCACUGUGCUAUAAUCCCCAACUCUCACCCUCUCGUGCUGUUGGGUUUUGUCAUGAGUUGGCUUGUGCUAUUGCAUCUAAGCAUCACAGGCAAGGAAUCGAGGUAGGAAAAAUUGGUUUUCUCCCCUUACAUGAAAGGGGUUUUAAAAAAACAACCCUGAGAUGGGGAGGCAGGAAAACAGGAAGGCUCUGCCACUAAUGUCGUGUAAAUCUAUAAGGCCAGUAUCUACUGUGAUGAGUUGUGUAUAUAUAUAUAAGUGAUGAUAAUAAAUUGUAUUUUUUUUCAUACAUUUGCUUUGAUUUUGUACACAAGAUCACUUGUGAGAAAAGAACAAGCUAAGAGCAGUCAAUUAAAUGAAUAGCAGAGAUCACCCUGUAAAGAAUCAACAGAUUAUUUUAUCUCUUUAUUUAUCUAAGACACACAAAACUUC